UAAUCUGUUGGUGACAAAACAUACAUCGCACCGUGAGCCACUGCGACGACCGGAGGACGACAGAAGCUUGCAGGGAGCGGGGGACGAGGCGCCGCGAGAUGCCCCGCCCGCGCCGCAACAAAUCGCUCGACCAUUCACUCAUACGACACGGACCAAAGGCGCGCGUUCUUAUUAUCCAAUAUACGAACCUACAUAUAUCAUACAGUCCGCUAUUUUAUUUCUACCACCUCUGAGUAUCGCCAACAAAGUGGUCCUUCGAGCCGGAUUGAGAUUUGCUUUGUGAUCAUGUCUGAACUUAAAACUUUAAUUAAAAAACGCUCAGCUAUAAAAUCAAAGCUCACUAUUUUUGGAAAUCAUAUUAAAUUAAUUGAAACUUCUAAACCCUUAACGGAGUUACAAAUCAUAGGUUUACAGUGCCGUUUACGAAAAAUUGAGCCCUUAUACGAGGAAUUCGACACCUUACAGACUGAAAUCGAGAUCCUAUCUGACGAGCCACCAGUCGAGGAGGUUCCCGUGGAGCGUGUGCAGUUUGACGAUUACUACCUGCUUGUGGCCCGAGCCAAGAGCCUGCUUGCUGCCGGGAGGAAGGACAGCGAAUCUGUGGCGGAGUUCAGCGACGCAGAAUCAGGUGGGCGAGUGAGAAAUUUGGUUAGGCUACCUAAAAUUGACUACAUUGUAUUGAAGACUGAUGUCGUACCGGUUACUACUCCGACGCGUGUUUUCCUUUCCACAGCGUUGGUGAAGGUGGUUGACGGCAAGGGCAACAAACACACCGCCAGGGCGAUCUUGGACAACGGUAGUGGAAUAAAUAUCGUUUCCGAAGCUUUCUGCAGUAAGCUCGGUUUGCCGAGGCGGAACGUGAGCUCCACGGUAUUAGGUUUUAAUAAUCAUGUAUCCCAUAGUACACAGUCUUGCAAUCUCACAAUUGAGUCAAUGCAUACUAGCUAUAGGACUAACAUUGAUUGUUAUGUGUUUACCAACGUCACCGAUCACAUACAUUGACACACGACAUAUUCAAAUUCCAGCUGGCUUAUGUUUAUCUGACCCCACUUAUACCUUCUAAGGUCGAUAUUUUUAUCGGGGCAGAUAUCUUUUGGGAUAUUCUAGGUAACAAAAGGAUUAGCCUAGGCAAGCAUCAACCUAUGUUACGUAGUUCAGAGCUAGGAUGGAUAGUCACUGGUACAUCUCGAGUCCGAAAGGUACAUUCAGUCAAUGUCUUUUUACUCAAGGACAACAUGAUAUUGAUCUCACUCGUUUUUGGGAAGUAGAUAGUGUUUCUCUUGAGCAUUCUCAA